AUGAUGUUUGUGGUUACGUUGAUGGUGAUGGGCGUAGUUUCCGCCGCCCGGCUAGAGCAUCUCACACAGCAGGGGGGUUACGGUGGCUCCGGUGCACCUUUUCAUUACGAGAAUGUCAACAACGGUGACGGAACUUAUCAAUUUAGUUAUGAUACGCCUAACGGUAUAUCAGCGCGUGAGAGUGGGGCUCCACGUGCGCAGGGUCCCGAAGGACCCGCUGUGACGGCCGAAGGCGCUUUCUCUUUCCAGACUCCAGAAGGACAGCAGAUAUCUUUGACAUACACUGCUGAUGAAAACGGAUUUCAUCCUGUCGGCUCUCAUCUUCCAACACCUCCGCCUAUCCCUGAGGCAAUACUGCGCUCCAUUGAGUUCAAUCGACAAAAUCCUUCUUCUGACGACGGAUCCAACAGUCGCAACGCCUACCGCUACUGA